AUGGCUCCAACGCAUGGCUCGUCUACCUACACCUUCGCAUCCCCCCCUUCCCAUCUCCAGCAUCUCAUCGCCCCCAACCCAUCGUCCUCUCCCCACUCUCCCUGUCAGGGCGGCGGGUGGUGUCUCAACGUCAACGACUCCGACUCCUACCGCGGCUCCUCCCGCUACUGGCCCUCCCCCUCCUCGCCUUCCAACCUCACCCGCCUCAUGGCUGGUUACCGCAUGAGCUUCACGGGCAUACUCAGCGGGAACGCAGCCGACAACCCCUUCUUCCACAACUGGAACAUGGCAGUCGUCAUAUGUGACACGGCAGUUCAGCCGGUAAGGCGCGUCACACCAUUCCCUGCUGUAACCUCCUCGUCAUCUUCUGUUGUAUUCACUCAUUUUUCUCUCCGUUCAGACGAGGCCGACAUCACAGGGCAGUUCACCUUCAGAUCCUACAUGCAGCGCAUGAUCGCCUCCCAUUGGUCGGAUCGAUCUCUCAACACUGAGUGCCUCAGAGAAUUCGCAUCUUACGACGCGUCAGAGUUGUUAGGACCGAUGGAGUCCACGCGCGACGACGUUCACACACCCAGCAAGCGGCACAAAGGCUACAACGGCUAUCCUACUCCCACAGACGGCAACGAUCAGCAGCCGCCGCAAUCGUCGCCGACUCCUAACGCCGGACAAGCCCAGGGGCAGUAUUCCGCGCAACAAGCAUACGCCUCUCCGCAGCAAGCGUACGCCGGCCCCCAGCAAUACACCUCCCCGCAGCAGCCGUACACGUCACCUCAACAACCCUUCAGCACGCCGGUCACCGCGUCGCAUGCAGUCGGCCCAGCUUCCGGAAAUAACGGGAUCGGUAGUUCCCCUCUGACUACCGCCACCAUGGCUCCCCCCAGCGCUCCGUCAGUCGCGCUGGAGCUAACGCAUGGCGGCUCACAACCCGUCUCCGCCGCCUCGACCCCCGUCCGCGCGCAUUUCGUCGACGCGUCUCAAUCUACCCCUGUCCGCGCGCACCAACCACACUCCCCCUCCCCCGGUUCCGCUGCUGCGCACACGUCUGCGGUCACGGUUGUGCAGGCAUCUCCGCUUACUGUUGCGCCCAGUCCCUCCCCAUCUCCCGCUACUGGAACUCCCGGAGCCGUUGCAGCGUCGCCAGGCGGGGUAGGUGCGUCGCCGGGUGGAGUAGGACCGUCGCCAGGAGGAGUCGCAGCGUCGCCAGGGGUCGCAGGGUCAAUGCACGACCCGCCGUGCGCGGCGUGCAAGUCGCUGCGGCGGAAAUGCACGCGGGAGUGCAUCUUCCUGCCCUACUUUCCCCGUGACGAUCCUGAGAAGUUUGCGCGCGUGCACAAGGUGUUUGGAGCCAGUAACGUGUCCAAGAUGCUGCAGGAGCUGCCCCUACAGCAGAGGGAGGAUGCGGUGGCGAGUCUAGAGUAUGAGGCACAGGCCCGGGUGCAGGAUCCAGUCUAUGGCUGCGUUGGCAUUCUCUGCGUGCUCCAGCGACAAGUGGUUGCUUUGAGGGAGCAAUUGGCAGCAGCCCAGUCCCAGGCGCAGAUGCAGUUAGGGAAUGGAGUUCCACCUCUCCGCAUCUCCUUUCUGAUCCGUUUGACUUCGUUCCAGAAAGGAAACGUUGACGAGAAGCAGAUAGGAAAGCUUGCGGAUUACGCGGCGGGAAACCCGGACCGCAUUCCGAAGAUCGUGGCGAAGCUGGAGGAACGCGCCAUCCGCGAGCUGCGCGCCGAGCGGUUCAACUCGCUACCCGCCGUGGCUCGGUCGUACUCGAAACUGCUCUCCUCGUGUCAGAGCUCCCUCGCGCUGCUGGCAUGGAGCGUGCUGAGCGUGGUGCAGAAGCUGCUGCAGAGCAAGCGGGUGGACGUGCGCGUGCUGGGGUGCGACCUGCUCGCGGAUUUCGUGGACUGCCAGUCGGACGCCGCGUACGCCGCGCCCAUUCAGAAGCUGUGCCCCACGCUCGUCGCCAUGGCGCACGAGGCCGGCUCGCAGGAAGACUCUCGGGCCGCCAGGUCGUCCGCGUUAAGAGCUAUCGCCGCUGUGAUCCUCUUCGUCUCCUACUUCUCCCAGCCCUGCGACUGCCUUGACCAGUUGCUCGCAGCCGUGCUGGACAACUACAAGCCGCACGCGGCAGGCGCAGGGGAUGAGGGGGCAGCAGCAGCGGAUAAGGUGCGGGAGAGGACGCACGAGGCGCUCAAGAAGCUGACGCUGCAGCAGCAACAGCAGCAGGGUGGUGGUGGUGGCAAGGAGAAAGAUGGGCUGCAUCAGGAGAGGAAGCUGGUCACUCCAUUGCCCUCCAAGCAGGAGCUACAGCACCCAGAAGUGGCGGCGCUGGUGGCGGUGUGGGCGCUGGCGCACAUGUUUGCAGCCGCGGUGUCUCUGUCCUCCCAGCAGGUGCUGGCGCAUCUGCUGCUCUACCUCUCCAACGGCUCCCACUGGGCCGCGCCUGCUAGCCAAGGCGACGCAGCAGCAGCAGGGGCAGCGGGGGCGGGGGCCGAGGCGGGGGCAGCAGGCAAGGGAGGGGUUGCAGGGCAGCUUCUAGAGGAUAUCUGUCUGGCUCUCCGGUUCCUGGCCACUCGCUCCCCUUCGCCCACCAAGGAGGAGAGGCGACUCCUACUGGCGCUGCUGGCAGCAGUUAUCCGCCACGCGGAUUCCUCCCCCGCCCUGCGCUCCCCCCGCAUGCGCCACGAUGCCCUUGCUGUCGCGGGGGGGCUGCAGCUGGCGCACCUGCUGCUGGCGGACGGGGGGAAGUGGGCGGAAGGGGGGAAAGAAUCUGGGGGAGAGAGCGCAGGGGGAGGGCCUGGGAUUGGGGAGGAGAAAAGGGAGAUUGGCGCAGGGGGAGCAGGCGGAGCGGUGAGCAUGAGAGGAGGGCCGGAGGCAGCGAGUGAGGUGCAGGCCGUGGGUGACUUAUUGCGGAUACUGAAGCGUAGUAUAGUGGAGGAGAAGCAGGGCGGCGGCAUGGACGAUAAUAUCAUAGGGGAGGGGCAGGUGGGCGGCGGCGUGUCAUUCAGAAAAAGACAAGGCGAGCAGCCUGCUCUGCAGGAGCAGGCGCUGAAGCUGCUGGUGCUGGUGACGUCAUUGCACGCGGGCAGUCCCAGGGAGCGAGCAUCUCUGCUGCUGGACGACACAGCAGUGUUCCUCGAGUCCCUGCCGUCCGACCCCUGGGGCUCCUGGGCCACGCUCGGAAGCUUCCCGGAUGCUGCGCUGCUCAGCAUCCUCCGCGCCUUCCUGCACCCGCAUUCCGAGACAAGAGACGCCGCCCACCACCUGCUACAGCUGCUUCUCCGGGGCCCAGCAGCAUUCCCUGCAAACGACAGGGACUGCUACGGCCUCGUCAUAGCAGCCAGUGCUGUCACCACUCCACUGACCGCCACAGAAGACAUCAAACGGCCCCCAUUGUCCCCAUCGCCGUCCCAGCUUCCUCUGCUGCUCUCCGCGCUCUGGCUGCAAUCCGCCAUGCCCUCUACCGCCCCCAAGUCCCUCUGCUCCCUCUCCUCCACCUUCCACGCCCUCCUCCCCUGCCUCUCCGCCCUGCCUCCCCCCUCCUCCUCCGCCUCCCCCUCCCCCUCCUCGCAUUCCCUGUCCUCCUCGCUCCUCCAGUCUUUCCAACUCGCCCUCUCCCUCCGCAGAAAGGCUCUUUCUCUGCCUUCCGUUGCAGCACAGGGGGCAGCUGGUGGAGGGGCGGGGGGUGCAGGGGCAGAGGUGGAGGAAGAGGGGGGAGCGGGUGGGGGGGAGGCGGAGUGGGCGAUUGGUCCGGUGGAUCGGCGGUCGGUUUUCACUGUAGCCACUGCCAUGUUCGCCGGGCUGGCCGGCAGCCUGGGCUUGGAGGAGGUGGCGGCGUUUGUCCUGUCUGAAGAGGCGUCAUCGGCAGCUCUGUCCAACCCCUUCCAUGUCAUCAAUCCCGAUGGCACUCUCUCAGAGCGCCGCCCGCCCACCUCCCAGAGCGCAUUUGGCUCGCCUGCUGACUCGGAGCGGGCGGCGGCUGAGCUGGCAGGGGCGAGCAGCAGAGAGGAGGAGGUGCAGGUGCAGCUGGGGGAGAAGAUAUCUGCUGCAGUUGUAGCUGCGUUCCCCGGUCACUCAGUGGAACCAGCAUCGCUGCUGGCACCCUUCCACCCAUCAGACUCGCUCGCCCUCACACCUGCAGCCGACAUGCUCGCUGCAGUCGCUGCUGACUCUGCUGCUCCCAUCCUCCCUGCCUUUGAGGGGGAAGCAGCAGGAACAGCAGCCGAGGGCAGAUUGGUAGCAGGGGCGGAAGACGCGGAAUUGCGGGAAGACGCGGAACUGGGGGUAGAUGCGGAAUUGGGGGUAGACGCGGAACUUGGUGUUGAUGCGGAAUUGGGGGAAGAUGCGGGAGAGGAGGAAGUGGAAGAGGGGGAGGUUCCGCAAGACGACAAUGAUGUUCACGGGUUCGCGGAAGCGGACGCGGAUCUUUCCCCGCGCGAGCUGCUUCCGCAACUAGACGCGGAAGCCGCCAGCCAGAAGCGCAUGAAGGCACACAAACUGGUCGCGGAAGCCGCGGCGGCCGUCGCGCGGAGUGCGGCUCAGGGGAAAGGGCGCGGAAGCGGUUCCGAUAAGGGCGGUAGUGAAGGGGGGACGGUGGCGGAGGCGGCGGCGGCGGAGUGGUUUCAGGCGCAGGUGGUGGCGAAUUGCGGUAGAAGCAUGUCGUCUGUGGAACGCGAACGAGUGAUCCCAGCCUCGUCCAUCGCGCUCUACAACAUCCACCAACCCUCCUCGCAGCACCAGCCCGCCCCCAGCACCACCCAGCCGCCCGGUGCACAACUGAGCGGCAGGAGACCGGGCGGCAGAGGGGCGGAAGGCAGGGGAGCAGGUAGGGGCGCUAAGGGCGGCAGCGAGUCUGCCGCCGCCCACGUGGGGCCGACUCUUGCCGACCACCUGAAGCGCACUCUCGGCGCCACGUGGCGGUCUCUGCUGCUGCCACCUGGCGACGAGCAAGAAGCAGACAAGGAUCAACAGAAGCAGGGAAAGGGAAAGAGGCAGCAGAAGCAGGGGCAGAAGGGGCAGCAGCAGGUGCAGCAACAGCAGCAGGGACAACAGCAGCUGGGGCAGCAGGGGGGAGAAGAGGAGGAAGGGGGAGAGCAGUGGGAGGCGGGGAGUCCAGUGGUGCUGAUAGUGUCAGCGUCAGCAGUGCGGUGUGUGGACCUGCUGAGGGCGUGCAAGGGCGUGGGGCGCGGGUGCCGUGUGGCCAAGCUGUUCGCCAAGCACCUCAAGGUGGAGGAGCAGGUGGAGGUGCUGAAAGGACCUGUUCAUAUUGCUGCCGGCACUCCCAACAGGCUGCUGAAGCUCCUCUCGUUCGGGGCCCUGCGGCUUGCCUGCCUACGAGUGGUCGUGCUGGACAUGCUGCCAUCCCCCAAGGCCUUCACUCUCCUCUCCAUGCCCGAUGUCCGGGUCGAGUUCUGGGAGCUGUAUCUCAAGCAUCUGCACGAAUCAGUUCUCUCCGGAUCUGCUGUGCUGGCGCUCCACGACUGGACAGGAGACACGUCGCCUCCCAAAUCAGGCGGCGGGAAGAAGCUUCCUGGAGAGCAGAUGAAGGGAAAGAAGCGGGCGGCUGCCGGGGUGGUGGGGGAAGGGGUGGAAGGGGAAGAGGCGGCGGGGGAAGGGGAGGGAGGGGACGGGGCGGUGGUGGUGCAAAGCGCAGUGGUGGUGAUUGACAAAUGA